CCUCCUGCCUGCAAGCUACUCUGCCUCCCUGCCUCGCCUCCCUGUCUCGCCUCACCUGCCUCAAGCUACUCCUGCCCUCCUGCCUGCCUCCUGUCUCGGCCUGUCUGGCCUCCGCGCUCCCCCUGCCACCUGCCUCCAAGCCGAGGCCUCUGCCUCCCCGCUCAAGGGGCUCCUGCCCUCCUGUCUGGGCCUCCCUGGGCUCCAGCCUAGCCUGCCAGGGGCCCGCCUCCUGCCUGCCUGCCUGCCUGCCGCUCUGCCUCCUGCUGCCUGCCUCCUGCCUGCUCUACUCCUGCCUCCCGCCUGCCUCCUGGGCUCUCAAGCUACUCUGCCUCCGCGUCUGCCUCCCUGCCGGCUACCUGCCUCCCGCCUGCCUCCUGUCUGCUCCCUGUCUGCCUCCUGCCUGCCUACCUGCCGCCCCGUCUGCUUCUCCUGUCUGCUACCGUGCCUCCCGUGGCUUCUGCCUCCUGCCUGCUACUCUGCCUCCUGUCUCAGCCUCCCUGCCUGCCUCCCCUGCCUGCCAUUCUGCUGCCUCCGUCUGCCCUGCCUGCAAGCUGCCUGCCUCCCGCCUCUCUGCCUCCUGUCUGCUUCCUGCCUUCUGCCUCCCGCCUGCGCCACUCCUAGCCUCCCGCCUUCAAGCCUCCCUGUCUGCCUCCUGGGCUCAAGCAACUCACGCCUCCCGUCUGCCUCCCUGCCUGCUACCUGGCUCUCCCGUCUGCCUCGCUCCUGCCUGCAGCUCUGUCUGCCUCCUGCCUGCCUCCUCCUGCUCAUGCUACCUGCCUCCCCGUCUGCCUCCCGCCUGCUGCCUGCCUCCGCCUGCCUCCCUGUCUGCUUCCUGUCUGCCUCCCUGCCUCCUGCCUCCUGGGUCUGCUUCCUGUCUGCCUCCCGCCUCGUUACCUGCCUCCCGCUCUGCCUCCUGGGCUCCGCUUCCUGCUCUGCCUCCCGCCUGGGCUACCUGCCUCAUGCCUGCCCUCCCUGUCUGCCUCCUGCCUGCCACCCUGUCUUCCCUUCUGCCUCCUCGCCGCCUGUCAGAACCAUAA